AUGCCCAACCGUUUCCGUCGCCUCUGUGACCCGGCCCAAGCGCAUAUCCUGCGAGCCAAGUGGACCCAGAAGGCCUACGCAGAAACUCACCGGCGAGACGUUGUCUUCUACUCUGGGGACAAAGUGCGGAUCAGGAAGGUUGCGUAUCGUCUGGCCCCUCCCCCAACCUAUGGAUGCCACGAUCUCUUCCACGUCUCCCAGUUGAUUCCCGAUAUUCCCAGGGGUCCCACGACGGCUUAUCCAGAGUCAUAUGCUAGCUGGCUACCCGUGCACGAUGCUCACCGCAACGUCACUGAUACCUAUGAAGUGAACUAUAUCAUGGAUCAACGUGGCGAAGUUCCAGAUGAUGCCCAGUAUCUACUCAAGAGAGAGAGGAACCAGAAGACUGCUAUUCUUGGGAGCAAUCUGGUCAUAUACAAGGUUACCCAGCUAUUCUCCGAGCCUGGCGAAGGCACAAAGCUCGCGCAACCCGAUGGACUCGCUCUCCCGUCUCACGGCCACUACCUUUUCCGGGCUCUUAGGUCCCUCUUCUCCACGCCAUCCUGGUUCUUUCUCGUGAGAGGAAGGACUGCACCUUCACAGAAAAGCAUAUCAGGGGGAUCACCAGACGCGCUGACGCCGUAUCUUCAUGCCCUAUUAGUCAGAGAGGAACUGGAGAGUGCAUCAGCAAAAAAUUCCGUGUGA